UUUUGAACGCAAAGCAGCGUUUGUUGUUUACAAACGAAGAAGUCAUAGCAAUUGGCGUCUUAAUAAAAAUGCGGUUUCAUGUUACUAUAGCUUCGCGAACUCAAAAUGCAACGUUAUCGAGAAAAUCGAAAAUUAAGAAUUGAUUUUGGUCACGCUUCUAACCAAUCUUUAAAUUCAUUUUCAGGAAAACCGCAAAGAAUGUCUGACUGGGGUGAAGAGGAACACGACACAGGCCGCGGCUUCGGCAAUGGCUUUGAUCACUGCAAAAAUGACGAGAACGGAGGAAAUGGUGACUACAAUGAUACCGAGGACGCCGACAAUGGAAAUCGAGGAUUUGGAAAUAGACGUGGUCGUGGCAGUGGACGAGGUCGCGGUGGACGAGGUGACAGACACGGAGGGGGUGGUUAUGGCGGUGGACCUCGGAACAAUGAUGACAAUCAAGACAAUGGUAAGUCGCAAUGAAUAUAAAUAUGUACA